CAAUUGACCAAGUCGCAUCAUUAUAGUCACUUGGUCGUAACCUGUCACCUAGUCGAUCGCAAAUUACAAUCUUUUUUAAAAUUCAAUUUAACGUUGUAUUUUAACUUACUUUGAUCGCUCGUGUUUUUAAAGAAAUGAAGGACGGCGUUGAGAUGCCCACCGUUUCGUCCAGUCAGGGUGUUGUCGUCCGUAACGCAAUAAAAUCCUAUGGCGUUGGCCGCCGCCGAUCUACCGUACUCGAAGGGCUCGACAUGAGCGUUAAACGAGGAACAAUCUAUGGGCUAUUAGGAGCAAGUGGUUGCGGAAAAACGACAUUGCUGAGCUGUAUCGUUGGCCGACGAAGCUUUGACAGCGGAGAAGUGCUGGUGUUGGGUGGCCCACCGGGCACGCCGGAAAGCGGAAUUCCAGGUCCGCGGGUGGGCUACAUGCCUCAAGAAUUGGCGCUUUAUGGCGAAUUUAGCAUUAAAGAAACGCUUCAGUAUUUCGGCCGUAUCUACAAAUUGCAAGCAGAUUUUGUAGAUGCCCAGUUGGAAUUCUUAUCCAAAUUAUUAGACCUACCCCCUGGCCAUCGUUACGUCAAGACUUUGAGCGGUGGUCAGCAACGACGCGUUUCAUUCGCAGUUGCUUUGUUUCACGAGCCCGAACUGCUCAUUUUGGACGAACCAACUGUUGGCGUUGAUCCAUUACUCCGACACAGCAUAUGGAACCACCUUGUUCGCCAAAGCGAUGAGCACGGAAGAACGGUGAUCAUUACAACGCAUUACAUCGAAGAAGCACGUCAAGCCGAUACGAUUGGGAUGAUGCGUUCUGGCCGUUUGUUGGCCGAAGAAUCACCAGAAAAUCUGUUGAAGAAUUACAGACUGCCCACGUUGGAAGAUGUGUUUCUUAAACUUUGCAUGAAAGACGGGGGUAACAAGCACGAUGCUGAGGUGACAUCAACGACUUCCAAAGAGAUUGAUUUCGCAGCAUCCCGUAAAUGUCACCGUGGAGGUCGUGAUAAUAUGGCUUUUGAUGUCAGUCAGUUUGACAUAGUUCAGCUGGACGCUGAACGUCUGGACAACAUAAAAAGCCAUCCCGGAUCGUUAGCGAAUUACAAUGCCCCAAGCUCAAAAUCGACAUUACCGAUGGAAGAAGGUGGUGUCGUGUGCUUGAAUUUCAACCGGUUUGGUGAUAACAACCUACGGGGAUAUAACCAAAAGCGCCCUAAUCAGCUCCAACAGAUGAGUCUUAGUGCCAUUCAGAAUUCUUCCCACCAUGGCAAACGUGAAAAAGCCGCUACAUCAUUUCAAAUGGAUGGACUAUUUAAUGUUCAACCCAUUGGAAAUAACAUUAAAGAAACCCGAACGGCUAAUAACAUUCACACAGUCAGCAAUUAUGAUGACCAAGGAACAAGUCAGAGCCGCAGCCGUACGUUCAGAAUGGCCAUACCGUCUACCCAUCGUAGCGCGGCGCUCAUCCACAAGAAUUUCAUGCAGACAUUUCGAAAUAUUGGGAUGUUUUUGUUCGUCUUCCUGUUACCUGCUCUUCAAGCAAUCAUCUUUUGUCUGGCUAUCGGAAGGGAUCCGACCUUUCUGAAGAUGGCCAUUGUUAACGAUGAGCUGGAUCCAAGCGAAGGCCGUGUUUGCAACUACACUACGGAUUGUUCGUAUUUCAUGUACAGCUGUCGCUAUCUGCGCUUCAUUGACAACGACACAAUAAUCCAGAUUCCCUAUCUAAGUUUACCAGAAGCCAUAGAGGCCACGAAAAGGGGGGAAGUGUGGGGUGUCGUUCACUUUGGCCGGAAUUUUACGGAUGAAUUGAUGGUUCGCCAGGCGGACGGCAGUGCUGCAAGUAAUGAAACAAUUAUCGCUAGUCAGAUCGGAGUUACCAUGGAUUUUUCCAACCAACAAAUUUCGGUUAUUCUUCAACGCCGGCUGAACGAAGCUUUUGAAGAUUUCACAAACGAUAUUUUGAAAGCUUGCGCAUACGAACCAACUGCAGGCAAUAUUCCUGUCACGUUCCUCGAUCCUGUUUAUGGCAAGAAAGACUCCACUUACACAGAGUUCAUGGCUCCUGGCAUGAUAUUGACGAUUGUAUAUUUUAUUGCUGUGGCGUUAACUGCUGGCGUCUUCAUCAGUGAACGAAAGGAAGGUCUUUUAGAUCGAAGCUUAGUGGCUGGGGUUCAGAUGACAGAAAUCCUACUGGCUCAUUUGGUUAACCAGUUUACGGUGUUGCUUGGUCAGACGGCACUCGUUUUCCUGUGUAUGUUGACUGUUUUUAGCAUACCGUGCCAGGGCAAUUUAGUUCUGGCUGUAUUCAUUACUCUUCUUCAAGGUCUUUGCGGAAUGUCUUAUGGUUUGUUAGUGUCGAGUUUGUGCGAUAGUGAAAUCAGCGCCAUUCAUCUUUCGUUGGGCAGCUUUUAUCCGACUCUACUUCUCAGUGGAAUCAUUUGGCCAAUUGAAGGGAUGUCGCCUUACCUACGCCAUUUCUCCUACGCUCUUCCACAAACGUACGCCAUCGAAGCUUUGAGGUCAGUUUUUGCGAGAGGAUGGGGUGCUGAAUUGCCUGACGUUUAUUAUGGUAUUCUGAUCAGUACCGGAUGGAUUUUUGUUAUGUUGGCUAUGAGCUUAGCGGUUGUACGUAUACGCAAGCACACAGGGUAAUUGCGUUUGAUUCUAUUGUCCUUUUUUAUUUUUUUGCGUGCUAAAUGCGAUAUUAGCUUUGCUCUGUUUUUAGGUUAAUGAUUUUCUGGUAGACCGUUUUAUUUUCAUUGUUUGGCGUUUCAUUUGUAUUAGCUAUGAUCAACUUCCUUACGCCCUGUAUGUUUUUCUAGUGACAUUUACGCAUUUUUAUGGACUGGUUUAUUAAGUGGGGAAAUGGGGGAUUUGCUAGGUUGUUACAAGUUUGGUCUUACCUAUGUAGUUGCGUAUUUGAUUUAAUUUUUUUUUACUUUUUUCCCCUUCUAAUCACAACGCAUGUUAUGUAAGUUUUCAUCACCACAUCAUACUAAUUCGUAUCAACUCAUCGGUAGUUGGCCAGAUCGGUGCCAAUUCUUUAAAUUGCUUCACCUAGGAGUCAUCCAUCUUGCUAAGUUUUAAAUACAACGAGUACUGAUAAACUA